AUGUGGUCAUCUAAAAGUGUGGUUCCUUCUCUUUGCCUUAUACUCAUUAUCUGUUCUAGUGUCGAGGUCCUUGGCAUCAUUGGCGGGCGAUAUGCUCGUUUAGGAAUGUUUCCCCAUCAUGUCUCUUUGCACGUGGAGGAGACUUAUAUAGCUGGCGGUUCCUUAGUCUCUGAGUUGUUUGUCCUUACAUGUGCGCACUGCAUUCUCGACGAUAUAAACACUUAUACGGUUCUUAUCGGCGUCGUCGACCUAAAAGACACAGCUGGACAAACGUUCCUUCCUAAAGAAUUCAUCCUUCACCCGUAUUUUAAUCCAAUAUCGAUGGAUUACGAUAUUGGACUGAUUCGCUUAAGCAGACCAGCUAUAAUAGAUGAAAAAGUGCAAAUAAUUGCUUUGGCUCCUGGCGAUGCCAUCUAUCCAGAAGAUACGCUUGCAAUUGUCACCGGAUACGGUGAUAUCGAUCCAUAUAAAACUAGGCAAAAUUGUCUGAAAUAUGUAUAUGUUCCAAUAUGGGGUCCGGAAUUCUGCAAUUCCAGCCAUUAUGAUCGCAUAACGGACCACGGCAUGGUUUGCGCAGGAGAUGACGAUGGAGGAGACAAUCCAUGCCCAGGAGAUUCCGGUGGCGGCUUGGUUGUGAAUCACAUUCUCAUUGGCUCAACUUUCACCAUGUGGUCAUUUAAAAGUGUGGUUCCUUCUCUUCGCCUGCUACUCAUUAUGUGUUCUGCUGCCGAGGUCAUUGGCAUCAUUGGCGGGCGAUUUGCUCGUUUAGGAAUGUUUCCCCAUCAUGUCUCUUUGCACGUGGAGGAGACUUAUUUUGCUGGCGGUUCCUUAGUCUCGGAGUUGUUUGUCCUUACAUGUGCGCACUGCAUUCUGCACGACAUAAACAGUUAUACGGUUACUAUCGGCAUCGUGGACUUAAAAGACACAGCUGGACAAACGUUCCUUCCUAAAGAAUUCAUCGUUCACCCGAGGUAUGAUCAUGAGACGUUUGAUUACGAUAUUGGACUGAUUCGCUUAAGCAGACCAGCUAUAAUAGAUGAAAAAGUGCAAAUAAUUGCUAUGGCUCCUGGCAAUGCCAUCUAUCCAAAAGAUACGCUUGCAAUUACCACCGGAUUCGGUGAUAUCGAUCCAUAUAAAACUAGGCAAGAUUGUCUGAAAUAUGCAUAUGUUCCAUUAUGGGGUCCAGAACGUUGCAAUUCCAGGCAUUUUAUAAGUAUAACGUCGCAUGGCAUGAUUUGCGCCGGAGAUGAAGAUGGACGAGACAAUCCAUGCAAUGGAGAUUCCGGUGGCGGAUUGAUUGUGGAUAGAUGA